AUGGCUACAAUAUCGAAUUUUGAAAUAUUACCCGAAGAAAUUACAUUACAUGUAUUUCAAUAUCUUAGUUGUGCCGAUAUUAUCUAUGGUUUUUAUAAUCUGAAUACUCGUUUCAAUUCGACAAUAACCUAUUUUUGUCAUUCUAUGAAUCUUAUUGGUGUAACAUAUAAACAAUUUGAUUGUAUUUUAUCGAAUAUUUUACCUCAAAUAAGCUCCAAUAUUCGAUCAUUUGUGGUUAAUGGAAAUUGGGCUAGUUUCAUAUCGAAUAAAUUACAUGCAACACGCUUUGAGUUGACUUUAUCGUCGAUGUUUCCAAAUUUGUAUUCGUUGAUACUUGAAUGUUUCAUUGAUACAGAUCUAAUCAUAUUUCUUAAAGAAAUAAGAGAUCUCAAGUAUCUUGUAAAACUUGAUAUAAAACGUCUCACAGGUCGACAUUCAAGUGAAUUAUUGAAAAAUAUUUUGACUGCGAAUAAUGGUCGGCUCAAAUCUGUAUUGUUCGAUCAGGAUUCCAUCUUUUUAAGUUUGAAGACAAAUGAUAAAAACAUUAUAUGUUCGAACAUUGAAGAAUUGACACUCAACUUGAUUGAUUGCGAUAUGUUAGGAGACCUACUCAAACUUAUACCAAAUGUGCGCCGUUUACGUAUAAGUUUCGGACAAUCACCUGGCAUUUCAACAACAACAUUAAUGAAUGUGUCACCACUUAUUCAAUUGAAAGAUUUUGAAUUACAUUCGUAUGGUAUGUUUUGGGAAUUUAGCAACAUUGUCGAUAUAUUGUCUAAAAUGCCAUCUUUACAUAGAUUAACACUUGAUCUAUAUACAGAUGAUGAACGUCUUGCUAAUGGACAGAACCUUGUCAUUGUUCUACCAUUAUCUCUCGUCGAAAUUCAAUUGUUCAUUCUUUAUUACUUCUCGGAAUCACCUAUCAAAACUGAUAGUUUGCUUGCUACAUGGCCGAAACAUAUUCCAGUAUCAUGCUGGUUAAAUGAACCCGAUCAAUAUACUAUUAUUCAUACAAUACCUUAUAAUGUGCAUUCAAUAUUGAUACCAACAGCAAUAGCAAUUGCAAAUUCGACUAUUGAAUCUUCAAAAUCUUCAGCUGAAGCAUUUGGUGUUAAUAAAUACUAUGCAACAUCAGAAGAAUUAGCACAAGAUCCAGACAUUGAUACUGUCGUCGUAUCUGUUAAAGUUCCGCUACAUAAAUCUCUCAUCAUGCCUGCUCUCUUACAAGGCAAAAAUGCUAUCGUUGAAUGGCCUCUUGGACGAAAUCUUCAAGAAGCAGAGGAACUUACUCAAUUGGCUCGUUCAAAAGGUGUAAAAACAAUGGUAGGAUUACAAGGACGUCAGUCUUCUGUGGUCAAGAAGAUGAAAGACAUAAUUAGUUCUGGAAAGCUUGGCAAAAUAUUGUCUACACAUCUGUAUGCAGGAGGUAUUCUUUGGGGUCCUACAAUUGAUGAGAGUAAAUCAUAUAUCGCUGAUAUUGAAAAUGGAGCAAACAUGAUUACUGUACUUGGCGGCCAUUCAUUAGAUGCUAUGUGUUAUGUCUUGGGAGAAUUCGAAUCACUUACCGCAACAACUCAUAACGCAAGAAAGACUAUCGAACUUCGGGAUGAAAAAGGAAACAAAAUUCGUGAUAUACCACUCACAUCUCAUGAUCAGAUGAGUGUCAGUGGAGUCUUGACUUCCGGUGCAUAUGCAUCAGCUCAUUUACGUGGUGGAUCAUACAAAGGUACGAAUUUAUUGUGGGAAGUUGAAGGUACUCUUGGUGAAUUACAACUAGUUAAUUUAUAA